CUUGCUGCUGCUGCCCCCGCCGGCAAGGCCAAGCUGACGCACCCCGGCAAGGCCAUCCUGGCGGGUGGCCUCGCUGGAGGCAUUGAGAUCUGCAUUACUUUCCCCACCGAAUAUGUGAAGACACAGCUGCAGCUAGAUGAGAAGGCCAACCCACCCCGUUACAAGGGCAUUGGGGACUGUGUGAAGCAGACUGUCCGUGACCAUGGUGUCCGAGGGCUGUACCGUGGGCUCAGCUCACUGGUGUAUGGCUCCAUCCCCAAGGCUGCCGUUAGGUUUGGCAUGUUCGAGUUCCUCAGCAACCAGAUGAGGGAUGAGCAGGGCCGACUGGACAGCACGCGGGGCCUUGUCUGUGGGUUGGGUGCCGGUGUGGCUGAAGCUGUGAUGGUGGUGUGCCCCAUGGAGACCAUCAAGGUGAAGUUCAUCCAUGACCAGUGCUCCUCCAAGCCGAAGUACCGUGGUUUCUUCCAUGGUGUCAGGGAGAUUGUUCGAGAGCAGGGGCUGAAGGGGACCUACCAAGGCCUAACUGCAACUGUCCUCAAGCAAGGAUCCAACCAGGCCAUCCGCUUCUUUGUCAUGACGUCCCUCAAGAACUGGUACAAAGGAGAUGAUCCCAACAAAGUCAUCAAUCCCUUCGUCACAGGCAUAUUUGGAGCCCUUGCAGGAGCUGCGAGUGUCUUUGGCAACACACCCUUGGAUGUGGUUAAGACCAGGAUGCAGGGGCUGGAGGCACAUAAGUACAAGAGCACCUGGGACUGCGCCUACCAGAUCAUGAAAUACGAGGGGCCCCUGGCGUUUUACAAGGGCACCAUACCCCGCCUGGGCCGUGUCUGCCUCGACGUGGCCAUUGUCUUUGUCAUCUAUGAUGAGGUGGUCAAGUUCCUCAACAAGGUCUGGAAAACAGACUGAGUGGCUCCACCAGUACCGCCGGGCUGCAGCUGGAAAUUGAUGACCAAGCGCAGAGCUGCCAUCAGCGCGGCCAAGGGUCCAAGUCUACUGUACGCGUCCGUGGACCGGGAGCACCACUCAGUGCCCCCAUACACCCUGUGCUCUUUAUUUAUAGCAGUGAGCUGAGGAGCAGUUAAAUCAUCAGUUGUGUUGAAUUGAAAAUGGCUCAGGGAGCAGGACAGAGGCUGUUACCAGCACCCCAGGCUAUGCACCCAGACAAGGCUGCAAUCCUGACAUCCCACCCCAGGUAUCACUCAUCCUGGAGUGCUGAGCAUAGCCCAUUCCUGAUAGUACCUGGACCCUUAAUUUUCCCUACUGUGGGGACAGCAUUUGGGUGAACCAGGUGUCCCCCACUUGCAGUUUACAGUUGAGACGUGUGCGAGAGAUGGGGUGCAGAGGCACAGCCCCUGUCUCAGACUUGGCCCCUUGGCUUGUCCCCUUGGUGGGGGGCAACCUCCAACACAAAGCCCUUCUUCCACAUUCCCAUCCUGCCCUCUCAUUACUCUCCAAGGCAGCUCCUAGCUGCCCCUGUAGCUUUCAGACCCAGUACUAACACCCACGCUACUCUUGCCUUUGUGCCAAAACCUCCCUGGGAGGAGCAGAUGCAGAGCUGGAGCUGCCCUCCCCCCCAUCAUGUUGUAACGUGUGCAGCAUUAAUACUAGUUCAUGGGAGGGCAAAGGAAGAGAAAGAGCCUGGGAGCAAUUUUCCUUUGGCUUUCUUCUCUGAAGCCAGUGAGGGCUGGUUGUUUUUUGUUGUUGUUUUUUUAAUUAUUGUUCUGUUUCACAUGCAAUUUGAAUAAAAUCAGUCUGGCUUCAGUGGGUGCAGUGCAUGGGGCAUUGUUGGCCAUGGAGGUUGGGAACUGCUGCCAUUAUGCAGAUUAGGGAUGCAGUGUUGAGCUGGGAUAUGCGUACAGCCAGCUGGGUGCCAGGUCACUGAAGCAGAAGGAAAUGUACUUCCUACAUCUGGGCAAGGGGAUCCUCCACAGCUAUGCUUUUGUACCUUCAUCAGGGUGCUCUAGCCACAACAAAGGGAAUUUCCUCCAGAGUAGCAGAUGCCACAGAGAUGACUGGGGUUGCCCACAGUCUCAGUCACACCCUCAUCAUUUGCAACAAGAAAAUAGCCACAUACUUAAAUAUAGAAAAGAAAAAAACAGACCAAUGUGAGAGCCAGGGUGCAGUGCAGGAGUAAAGGCUGGCACAGAGCAUGGGUGCACACCACAACCUGCAGCAAGGCCAGGAGUUGCUGGAAAGCAGAAGGGAGAAAAGAAUCCAUCCGCACCUUCGGUGGAGCUGCAGCCCCAGGUGACUGCUUAUGGGUCUCAGCACCUGCUGUGUGCUCAGCAGCAGGGAGAGUUUGAGCAUGGUGUGUAUGCUCCCUCCAGGCAGGCCUGACUUGAGGAGAGCACAGUAAGGUACAUGCCCUAGAAAGGAGUUGGAGAGGUCCCAAGGAUGACAGUGGCACUGCUCCCUUUGUACACAGCUCACCUGGCACAAUGGGGUCCUCUUCUUUGUUAAGGUCUCCAGGUACUAUCUCAAUGUUAUCUCUCUAAUAACAACAUUUGAUUGAUUUGAUUAGGUUAGACUCAUUUGAUUUUUGCAAAACACUUCUAAUCACUUUGCAAAUUCUCCAUCAUUAUAAAUAAAACCACCAUGUAUAGUUUCA